AUGCACACGGUUAAUAUUGACGACUCAAAUCUCCCCUUGUAUACCGGCACUGCACCAUCCAAUCCCAACUCAUUUUCAAACAAUGCCACCACAUCAUCCUUCCCACCCAUCGCAAUCUGCGGCAUGGCAACACGCCUGCCCGGCGGAGUCCACACUCCGUCAGCGCUCUGGGACCUGUUGACCACAAAACGCAGCGGGCGGUGCCGCGUCCCCGCGAGCCGGUACACCGUCUCUAGCUUCCUUGGCCCUGGCAAACUCGGGCACGUCGCAAGCGAGCACGGGUAUUUCCUCGACGACGUCGAUCUGCGGGAUGUAGAUACGAGUUUCUGGUCCGGGAUGACCCGAAAAGAACUCGAGGCGAUGGAUCCGGCGCAGCGGUUGGCUCUCGAGGUGGUGUAUGAGUGUUUGCAGAGUGCGGGCCAAAAGGCCCGCGAGUUAAGAGAAAAGGAUGUGGGCGUCUUUGUCGGGACCUUUGGAGGCGAUUGGAGCGACUUGGAUAGUCGCGAUCCCCAGAGGUAUCAUAUGUACCGCAUGACGGGACAGGGGGACUAUAUGCUUGCGAACCGGGUGAGUUAUGAGUUUGGAUUCGGGGGACCGAGUGUAACAACCCGAACAGCCUGCUCCUCGUCUCUAACAGCGCUCCACUCCGCCUGCCAAUCCCUCAUAGCAGGAGACUGCAGCUCCGCAGUCGUCGCGUCCGCAAACCUCAUCCUCAGCCCGGCCCCCUGCAUCAUCAUGCAAGAGCAAGGGAUCAUCUCGCCAAGCGGAUCCUGCAAGAGCUUUGAUGCAGGUGCAGACGGCUACGCGCGCGGCGAAGCCGUCUCGGCGAUCUAUGUCAAGAGCCUAGCCGAUGCCAUUCGCGAUGGGGAUCCCGUCCGUUCGGUCAUUCGGUCGUCGUGUGUCAAUUCUGCAUGUGCUUUAGCAUCAACUCCAACUUCUGGUUCGGGCGCGGAGGGCAAGUCGAUUACGACGCCGAGUGCCCUUGCACAGGAGGUGUUGAUUAGGCGGGGACUGGAGCUGGCUGGUGUGGGUGAUUUAAAAAGCGUCGCUAUGAUUGAGUGUCAUGGCACUGGGACGCAGGUUGGCGAUCCCAUUGAAACGACGGCCGUGGGCAACGUAUUCGGCGAGCACGGGAUCUACAUUGGAUCGGUCAAAUCCAAUCUCGGUCACUGCGAAGGCGCAUCGGGCCUAACGAGUAUUAUCAAGAUGACCCUGGCCCUGGAGAAGAAGAUCAUUCCGCCCAAUAUCAACUUUUCGACGCCGAACCCCAAGAUUCCCUGGCAGCGUUUCAAGCUCAAGGUCCCCACCGAGCCAAUCCCCUGGCCUGCAGACCGCGCUGAGCUGGUGGGCGUCAAUUCCUUUGGGAUCGGGGGGUCGAAUGCACAUGUCCUGCUCGCCUCCGCCGCCUCCUCCGGCCUCACCCCAUCCGCAGCCAGCAAAGAAACAGCAACAUCAACCUCAUCAUUAACCCCGCACCUCCUCCUCUUCUCCGCAACACACCCUUCCUCCGUCUCACGCAGCAUAAGCGCCCACCAAGCCUAUGCCCUCUCCCACCCAGACUCCCUCGCCGACAUGGCCUACUCGCUUGCACUAAAGCGCGAGGUCCUCUCCCACCGCGCGUUCUGCGUGACGGAUGGCGAGGACAAUUGGGCGCCGUCGAGGACGAGGCGGACUAGGGCUACCGCGGGACAGGUUGCAGCUGCCCCGACGCUCGUGUUUGUGUUCACAGGGCAGGGCGCGCAGUGGCCACGGAUGGGGAGGGAGCUGAUCAAGACUGUUGCAAGGUUUCGGGAGAGGAUUGAGGAGUUGGAUCGUGUGUUGGAGAGCCUAGAGGAUCCGCCGGGGUGGAGGUUACUCGACGAAAUCCUCGCCCCAAAGCGCAAAUCCCGCCUCUCCACCGCCGAAUUCUCGCAGCCCUGUACAACAGCACUCCAAAUCGCAUUGGUUGACCUUUUGUCCUCCUACGGCAUCCACCCCGCCGCAGUAAUCGGCCACUCGAGCGGCGAAAUCGCCGCGGCGUAUGCUGCACGGGCUAUUACCGCCGCGGAUGCAAUCAAGAUCGCGUACUAUCGCGGCAAAGUACUUGCCACGCCCAGUCCCAGUCGCACUGGUGCGUCUGCCGGGUCUGAGCCUGAGCCUGCGUCACGAGAAGGGGGCAUGGCGGCCGUUGGUCUGGGGGUUGAGCAGAUCACGCCGUACCUCAAGCCGGGGGUUCGAGUUGGAUGCGAGAAUAGCCCCGAGAGUACGACGUUGACGGGGGAGAAGAAGGUGCUGGAGGAAGUGGUGGGCGCUAUUGAAAGUGAGAACGAGGACGUCUUUGUGCGGUGGUUGAGUGUUGAUCGGGCAUACCACUCGCAUCUUAUGGACCCCGUCGCCCCGGCGUACGUCGACCUCCUCACCAAGGCGCGGGUUUGCACCGCGAAUAUAGGUAUGGAUCCUUCAAUCGACUUCUUCUCCAGCGUGACAGGCUGUCUCCACGACAAAACAAAGCUACUCGACCCGGCCUAUUGGGCGCAGAACCUCGUCUCGCCGGUCCUCUUCUCGACAGCCAUGACCUCGCUUUGCCAGACCCAUCCUGGACCAAAAGCCUUCCUCGAACUUGGCCCUCAUUCCGCUCUAUCAGCUCCUAUCCGGCAGAUUCUCAACCACCACCAGGCUCCGUCAGCAUCAGCAUCAGCGCCAGCGCCAGCAGACGAGUACAUCCCAACCCUAAUCCGAAACAACAACUCACACCGCGACCUCCUAACCGCCCUCGGUGAGCUGUGGCUCCGAAAUACCCCAAUCGACCUCGACGCGAUUUUCAACACAGCCAAGACUAAGGCUGAAUUCCUCCCGGACCUCCCCCUGUAUCCGUGGCACUACACCCGCGAAGAAAACGCAGAAAAGCUCUGGUCGGAGACACGCCUCGCACACGAAUGGCGCUUCCGCCAGUUCCCGCAUCAUGAACUCCUCGGCGUGCGGGUCCUCGAGAGUACAGAGGACAAUCCAUCGUGGAGAAAUGUUCUCCGGGUGGAGAGUGUGCCCUGGGUCAAGGACCAUGUUGUCGGGGGCCAGGUUGUUUUUCCGGCGGCGGGGUUUGUGGGGAUGCUGGGGGAGGCGAUGAGGCAGGUUACCGGGGGAUCGCUGGAGGGGGGCUUUACGGUGAGGAGGUUGGGGAUUCGUGCUGCGUUGGUUCUUUCCACCGAGGCGGAGGGGGAUGAGGGUGUGGAGAUGGUCACGCAGUUGAUGCGCACCGACGCAAGCCCAGGGCCAGCGGGAGAUCAGACGGGGUAUACCUUCACCAUCCACUCGUACCAACCGAAACCCAACGGCAAAAAGGGAACCUGGAUCAAGCACGUCGUCGGUCGAGUCUCCUCUGGGCCAGGCAACUUACCUGCCCUUCCCCCAGCGGCCCCCUCACCGUCGGCCCUCCCCCGCGCCCUGUCUCGCCGCGCCUGGUACCGCAAGAUGCGCGAGAUGGGUCUGGAAUACGGGCCACGGUUCAUGGGGUUGAACGACAUGUCCGCGCAUCCUACUGAGAAGAGACUCGUCGCCACCGUUGUGAAUGAGAUCCCCGAAGCAGGAAAACAGAAACCGGGGGAAUCAGUCUACGCAGUCCACCCGGCCUCGCUUGAUUGUCUGAUCCAGGCAAUCAUCCCGGCGACAUUCAACGGAUUAACAAGGCGCUUUCGAUCUCUCGGAUUGCCGACGUAUAUAGAUGAGAUCUACGUUUGCCCUCCAUCAGACUCCUCGAUGACAAUCGAAGCCCGCAUCGACCAACACAAAACUACCGGUACAACUACGACGGACAUCUCACGGACAAUCACAGCCACCGCAAACAACCAGCUCGCCGUCCGCAUUUCAGGCCUGCAGUUGUCAACCACCAGCAUCACACAGUCCAGCGAUCCCUUCCCGUACGGCCCGCACGCAGCCGUCGAGCUCGAGUGGCGCGAGGAUAUCAAUCUCGUCCGCGAUUUCGGUUUUCUGUUCCGCCCUGCGAGGAUCGAGGAUGCGGCCGAUGAACGGAGGCGCGCUGAAGUGUACGCCCUCCUCGACCGGUUCGGGGCGGCGUGUAUAUUCGAUACGGCGCGGCGGCUGGACGGUGUCGAGGUCUCGCCGGCGAAGCCAGGUCUAGUGCAUUUCAAGAGGUGGGUUGUGCGUGCGAAGGCGAUGAUGGAGUCCGGGGCGUAUCCUGGGCUCCGUGCAGAGGAUAUCGGCGCCCUCACACAGGCCCAAGAUGUCGGCGGCACAGAACGUACCCAGAGGACUACUCUCAUUGAAGACCUAUACAACUCGCUCCUCAACCCACCCACCCCGGCCAGCGCGCCCGCAACAGCCCUAUACCGAAUCCACCAGUCCGCGCUCUCUCUGCUCUCCGGCGAAGCCUCCGCGCUGGACCUCCUCUCCACGGACAACACUUUUCAUGCCGUCAACGAGCUCGUGCAGAGCCACGCGGAUUAUAGUGCGUUUCUCUCUCUCCUCGCGCACCGGAAGCCGAACCUCCGGAUCCUCGAGAUCGGCGGUGGGACGGGGGCGACGACGAGGAGGGUUCUGGAUGCGCUCCGCGCCGCUUCGACGUAUGCCGAGCGGAUGUACUAUUCGUAUACAUGGACGGAUCUCAGUCCCGGGUUUGUUGCCGCGGCCAAGAGGACGUUUGCGGGCGUUCCAGGCAUGGAGUUUGCGGUGUUAGAUAUCGAACGGGAUCCGCUGGGGCAGGGCCAGGGCCAGGGGUUUGAGGCGGGCUCGUUUGAUUUGGUUAUUGCUUGCAACGUCCUCCACGCAACAACCUCCCUACACACAUCGCUAACCAACAUCCGCCCGCUCCUACACCCGGAAGGCCGCCUGUUCAUCCAAGAACUCUCCCCAGCCACAAACGCACAAUGGAUCAACUACAUCAUGGGCGUUCUCCCCGGGUGGUGGUCCGGCGAGAACGACGGGCGGUAUCCGGAGCCGUAUGUCUCAGUUGAGCGGUGGGAUGGCCUUCUCCGGGCGGCUAGAUUUGGGGGUGUAAUGGGGUCCGGGUUUGAUGGGUAUUCGUGUAAUUGUAUUGUUGCGGGGUUGGCGAGGGACAGGGAGAGGGAGGGGAGGAGGGUUACCUUGUUGCAUUCGGGGGGUGCGGUUUCGGACGCUGCGGAGGGGAUGGGGAGGAUUCUGGUGGAGGCUGGCGUUGCGGUUGAUUAUUAUGCUCUUGAUGCGGUGCUUCCUCCUCGCUCGGGGCAGGAUGUUGUAUCCGUGCUCGAUCUCGAGGCGCCAUUCUUCCACGAUGUGGAUGAGGCUUCGUUCGAGAACCUCAAGCGGCUUCUCUCACACUUGCACCAGCAGCAGUCAACCGAUGGCAACAACAACAGCGGAAUCCUCUGGCUCACCGGCGCCAGCCAAGUCGCCUGCAAGGACCCGCGAUACGGCAUGGUCAACGGCGUGGCACGCGUCAUCCGAACAGAGAUGAACAUCGACUUUGCGACGGUCGAGCUCGAGGAUUUUGCAGCGGAGACCUUGGCACAUGUACCGGCGAUUAUGGAGGAGUUUACGCGGCGCACGUCUAUUGACAAGAAUGGCAUCAGGGCGAAUAUGGAGUGGGCUGUUGCUGGUGGCAAGGCUUUGAUUGGGAGGUAUCAUUUCAUCCGCGUCGAGGACGAGUUGGAGCGGACUGGUCAAAGAAAUGAGAGCCGGGAUAUCGUCAAAAAUGUGCAGCAGACCAGUCCCGGACGGCUUGAUACGCUGUGCUGGAGGGAGAAGCCUGCCUCGCUCUCCUCCUCUCAAGCCCUCCUCGGCGAAACCAAAGUCCUCGUCCAGGUUCGAGCCGUCGGACUAAACUCGACCGAUCUGCUCAUGACAAUGGUAACAAACCCUCUUCUAACGGACGCAUCCUCAACAACCCAUCCCCCCGGCCACGAAGGGACAGGCCUCAUCCUCGCCACCGGAUCGGCCGUGCACGACCUCGCCGUUGGAGACCGGGUCAUGGUCACCGGCCCCGGAUGCUUGACGACAACACUGCAACUCGAUCAACGUCUCUGUGUUCGCAUGCCGGAUUCCCUCACGUAUGAAGACGGCGCGACGAUGGCGCUGGCCUAUUGUACGGCUAUUCACUGCUUGCUUGAUAUUGGGCACUUGCGGAAGGGGAUGACGGUGCUGAUCCACGCAGAGGGUGGAGGGAGUAGUAUUGCUAUUGCCGCGGUGGAUGUUGCAAGGAUGAUGGGGGCUGAAAUCUUCGCUGCUGUGUGUUCCGACGAGGAGACGGAAUUCCUCAUGCAGACCUUUGAUAUCCCGCGCCAUCGAAUCUUCCCCUCUCGCACUACCGCGUUUUAUGCCGGCAUCAUGGAGAAGACGAAUGGUGUGGGCGUGGAUGUGGUGCUCAGUCCAGACUCGGCUUCAGGCCAGCUGCUACACUCUUCUUGGAAUUGCACAGCCGAAUUCGGAACGUUUGUCGACAUUUCUCAGGGCCAGUCUCGUGGCCAGAGUCAGGGUUUGCUGGGUAUGAAUCCAUCCGACGCGAAUAGGACGUUUGUCCACUUUGAUAUUCUCCGGAUGAUUGAAAAGCAGCCGCAGAGGAUUGAGAGCCUCAUGGCCCGCACAAUCGAAUACUACCGCGCAGGCCUCGUCCACCCAGUCACGCCCACAACAUUCCCCGCCGAAGCCCUCGUCGACGCAUUCCGGCACAUGCAAACCAGUGAGCAGCACCAGCACAUGGCCAGAACCGUCAUCACCAUCCCCAAAGACACCACUCUGCUGCACGCCGAGCCGUCUAGACGACACCUCGUCCUUCGACCGGACCGCGCGUACCUCUUCGUUGGCGGCCUCGGUGGCCUCGGCCGCUCAGUCUCAACCUGGCUCGCCGAGCACGGAGCCCGCCAUCUCGUCUUCCUCUCCCCGUCCGCCGGCACCGUCCCAGACGACGACUCCCUCCUCGUGGAGCUCGCAGUUGCGGGAUGCACAACAGCUCGAGUCUCGGGGUCCGUCAGCAACAUCCAAGACGUGCACACCGCAAUCCAAGCCGCAGGCAUCCCCAUCGCGGGCGUGCUCAACGCAUGCAUGGUCCUCGCCGACACCUCCUUCGCCGACAUGACUCUGCCCACCUGGCAAAAAGCCACCGACCCAAAAGUCCGCGGAACAUGGAACCUGCACUCCGCCCUGCAGACCCUCCAGCCCGAGGAAGCCCUCGACUUCUUCCUCCUCUUCAGCUCGAUCAGUGCCGCGGGGGGACAGUGGGGGCAGGCAAACUAUAACGCGGGGAAUACGUUCCUCGAUGCGUUUGUCAGCUAUCGGCAUAGCCUGGGGCUGCCUGCUGCAGCGGUGAAUGUGGGCGUGAUGCAGGAUGUGGGGUAUCUGGCCCGAAAUGAGAAUGCGGAGUUGUUGGAGGCCUUGAAGGCUACGGCGCAGUGGUUGAAUACGGAGGGGGAGUUGCUGGAUGUGCUUGAGCUUGCCAUGCUUCGGUCGUGGCCUGGUCAGUCGGGGACAGGAUCCCACGUCUCCACAGGCGUAUCCGAAUCGCAAGGCUCGAUGCCGACCAGCGCCACUGCCACUGCCACUGCCGCUGGUACUGCUUCCGACAAGUCGGGCACGCGCUGCAGCUACGUCAACCACUCGCAGAUCUGCAUGGGGAUGCGCUCAACCCUCCCCAUGGAUGCGCCGGGGAACCGCACCGUCUGGCGCGGUGACCCGCGGAUGCUGGUUUACAUGAAUGUCGAGAACCACGAACAAUCCCUUUCCGGAUCCAGCACGAGCACAGACUCCGAGCAGGUCCUCGCCCAGUUCCUCCGCGAGGCCAGCUCGGAUCUAGCCGUGCUCAGGGCAUCCAAAACGGCGGAGGUGCUUGCCGCCGCGAUUGGGCGGACGCUGGCUGGGUUCUCGGGCUCAGGACAGUCGACGACGGACGAGCCGCGCGCGAAAGCGGGCCAGCCAGCGGAAAUCGACAUCGACAUAGACGCCUCCCUUUCCACUUCCGGAAUCGACUCGCUCGUGAGCAUGGAACUGCGCAACUGGAUCCGGCGCAAGAUCGGAGUCGAGAUCAGUGUGCUGGAGAUUGUGCGGGCGGAGUGUGUGCGUGAGCUGGGGGUUGUUGCGCAGCGGAGGCUGGUGGACAAGUAUGAGGCGUGUCUAUAG